UUACGCCUAAGAAAACUACUUCCGCACAUGGAGACUUUCAGACAGCGUUCAGGGUUAGGGAGGAAAGAGGAGGAUGUGAAACUCAGGAAAAGAAAGUCUCUACUGUACACAAAGGAAGACGAUGCUCCGAUUAGGACAGCUCCUAUAUCCCCUCUUCGUCAUCUCAUCAAGGAGUAAACGGGAAAUAAAGAGGUUGUGACGGUGGAAUUUUCAACCUUGAGGCACCUCACCUUGCUUUGCAAGACCAAGAACAACACUUGGCCCUUGGCCUAACCCAGUCUUUGGGAGGAGUGUAUGGCGUCCCCCGUAUGGCUGCAUAUGUUACAUGUAUCCACUGGCUGAUGCAAGGCUCCAUAUUUUAUAUCCAAAACGGAUUGGUUUGCCUUUGAUUACUUGCUUACAUCUAUUAUUGCUUAUUUGUAAUUAUUAAACGGUGUAAUUAUUAUUAUUAUUGUUUACAUCCCAAGAUUAUACUUAGACACACCAAGUACUCUGUCUUUGUAGACGAAUAUGUGCACCUCGCCACAAUGUGCUAGGCCACGGGUCACUAUUGUGACCAUGCAUAUGUUUACUUACUCUGCAUACACACCAAACACAUUUGAGUAAUUGCAAAUGCAUAGAUCAUUACUAAACACCCUAAAGAUCAUGUGUACAGAAAAUAUUUGUCCUAUAUUUAUUUUAACAUACUUUACUAACCUUUUUGGGGAGGUUUGAGGCAGCCAUCCUCCUUUGACGGUGCCACCAGGAAGUAAAUACAUACAUAUAAUUCCCUCCGUGCCUCUAAAAUCAGAAUCAGAAUCAUCUUUAUUUGCCAAGUAUGUCCAAAAAACACACAAGGAAUUUGUCUCCGGUAGUUGGAGCCGCUCUAGUACGACAACAGACAGUCAAUUGACAGAGAACACUUUUGAGACAUAAAGACAGUGACAAAAAACAGUCACUGAGCAAUAAAGGGUUCCUAGUUAUCUGGUAAUGCCGGUACAUUUAUUUAUUUACUUAUUUAUUUAUUGACAAUUGUGCAAAAAGCUGCAGACUCCUCUAGCACUUAGAGCAGUUCGAAAGACUAAUAUUGCAAUAGUCCGGUGCAAUGACCAUUGUGCAAGAGGGCGCCGAGACUUCAAGCGAGUAGUGCGAUAAUCUGGGACAAUGUUGAUUGUGCAAAUGUUGCAGAUACUCCUCAAUCAGUGUACAAAUGGAGCAGAUGCUACUCUGGCAUGAGUGGCCAGUAUUGGUCAACAACAGAUAUGCAAAUAGUGCAGCGUGGCGAGACUACUACAGUGAGUGCACGAGUAAUAUAUAAUUGACCCCACAGAAAUGUGACAACAAACUCAAGUCAAAAAAUUCCCAGCAUGUUGUAAUGAAAUACUAGGUUAGCUGUUUAAGAAGUUGAUCGCAAGAGGGGAGAAGCUGUUGGAAAGUCUGCUAGUUGUAGUUUGCAUUGAUCGGUAGCGCCUACCUGAGGGAAGGAGCUGGAAGAGCCGGUGACCGGGAUGUGAGGGUCCGAGAGGAUUUUGCACGCUCUUGUCUUAGUUCUGGCAGCGUGCAAGUCCUCAACGCAGAAGUCAGAGGUGUGAUUGUGAUCGGGGGUGCGGCCGGAUGGGUGUGGGGUGUGAAAGUGUCCUUUUCAAAUCUGCAGUACAAGGUAUUCAAGUCGUUGGCUAUUGUGCUAUUGUUCUCAGCUUGGGGGGAUCGUCGCUUGUAAUUAGUCAGCGAUUGGAAUGCAUGCCAGACUGAUUCAGAGUCGUUAGCGCUAAAUUGUUUUUCCAACUUUGCUGCAUAGUUCCUCUUUACAAUGUUAAUUUCUUUAGUCAGUAGGUUUCUAGCGCAAUUAUACACGGCCCUGUCCCCGCUCUGAUAUGCGUCCUCCUUAGCUUGGCGAAGCUGCUUAAGUCUGGCAGUGAACCACGGCUUGUUGUUAUUGAAUAUGCGAAAUGACUUUGUUGGUACACACACAUCUUCACAGAAACUGAUAUAGGAUGUGUCAGUUUCCGUAUAUUCAUCCAGGCUGCCAGCUGAAUUUUCAAAGACACGCCACUCUUUGCAGUCUAAACAGCUUUGAUGUUCCAUCUUUGCUUCAUUGGUCCACUUUUUCACUGUUUUCAACACAUGGCGGCGGAACGUCCGAAGUCUUUACUGGUCUUUAGCAGAAGAUGAAGCUCGUCCAUUUUGUUGGGUAGGGAGCGUACAUUCGCGAGGUGGAUCAACGGGAACGCCAAUCUGUAUCCUCUCUUGCGGAGUUUCACCUGGAUGCCGGCUCGCUUCCCUCUGUGGCGCCGCCUCCGCCUCCAUGCGGCGAAAACCGCGGACGCCGCUGCGAGGUGCUGAGAGUUGCGGUGUUUUCUGUGAUUUUCCGUGUCGUCAACUGUUUCCUGGUUCAGAGCAGCUUCAUUCCAGAUGAGUACUGGCAGUCUGUGGAGGUCGCACAUCACAUGGUCUUCAAUUAUGGGCAUCUGACGUGGGAAUGGAAGGAGGGCAUAAGAGGCUUCACCUAUCCUCUCUCCUUUGCGGUCAUCUAUAAAAUACUACACUGGAUACACUGUGACUCUGUGUAUCUUCUGAUAUGGCUUCCCCGACUCCUUCACGCCCUUGUUGCUGCGUUUGCAGACGUUAAAUUCUUCUUCCUCAUUAGAACACUGGAAGAUCGAGAUAUUGCAAAAUGGGCGUUCUUCUGCCAUAUGUGCUCGUGGUUCACGUGGUUCUGCUGCACCAGAACGAUAAGCAACAGCGUGGAAGCCACAAUCGCUUGUCUGGCUCUUUCCUACUUCCCCUUGCCAACAUCCAAAACACACAGCAGUAAAAAAUAUUUGAGCCUUGUUGCAUUAGCGUUCAUUGUUCGUCCGACGGCCCUGAUUGUCUGGCUUCCGCUGUUGAUUUACCAUUUCUGGCAGGACGAAAACAAACUGAGACUAGUGGUUGAUAACUACAUUCCCAUAGGGGCUUCAGCCAUUGUGAUUUCAACCAUAAUCGACUCUGUCUUCUUUGAGAAGUGGAUCUUCGUGCAGUUCAACUUCCUGAAGAUAAACGUCGUACACAGCGUGGCUGACUUUUACGGCACCCACCCCUGGCACUGGUACCUCAUUCAGGGCUUCCCCGUCAUAAUGGGCUCUCAUCUCCCAUUCUUUUUUCACGGAUGUUCCCUCGCAUUCAGAAGGUACAGAAUCCUGCUGGUGGCCAUCGCUUGGACCAUUGGCAUAUACAGUUUGCUUCCUCACAAAGAGUUUAGAUUCAUCUACCCUCUGCUUCCCUUCUGUAUGGUCUUUUGCGGUGUAUCGGUGGCAAAUAUGAGAGUGUGGCGACGAGCAGCCGCAUGUGGUUUGUUGGCAACCAACUUGCUCAUAGCUCUCUACACGGGCUUAAUUCACCAGCGCGGCGCUCUGGACGUCAUGGGCCAUGUCCGUGCACUUUGUCACAAUGUGUCAGAGUUUGACGUCCUCUUCCUCAUGCCCUGCCAUUCGACACCUUACUACAGCCACGUCCACUGCCCACUAAAGAUGAGGUUCCUCGAGUGCCCGCCUAAUCUCGGCCAGCCGGGUUAUGUGGACGAAGCAGACAGAUUCUACAAUGACCCGCUUCUCUGGCUCCGGACUUCAUUUCCAAAUGUGCAGUCACGUCCUACUCACUUGGUUCUCUUUGACGUUUUGGAGAAGAACUUUGUGGAGCAACUUGGUGCAAUUCAACCUCUUGAAGAUAACGUCAUCGAUGGGGUGGCCUGCAUAAGGCACAAACCCCUGAUAGUGGUACCUCUCUCACGGCUUUGCCCUCGUGAUGAGCCUCCGUGUCCUGUUCUUUCAUGGAUGCUCCCUCGCUUUCAGUAGGUACAGGAUCCUGCUGGGGGCCAUCGCCUGGACCGUCAGUUUGUACAGUUUGCUUCCUCACAAGGACUUUAGAUUCAUCUACCAUGUGCUUCCCUUCUUUAUCAUCAUCUGUGGAUGCAUCUCUGCCAAAAGAAUCACAGAUUUUUUUGAAUCACAAUUCUUCUCUUCAAGCCAUUGUGAAACAGAGCCCAACAAGAAACACAAAUGUUCCUGCUGUGUGGGACCAUUUUGGUCUCAUAUGUCCCCUUAUCGGCAAAUAAGGAGAGGACACGCAGUCGCAAGCCACACGCUUCAUGUUUGGGGGAUUUGUCCACCAUCCCCUGUGUCUCUGGUGUCACAGACGCGGAGGAUUUGUACACCGUUCCUGGCGUCUUCUCCGGCAUCCCCAGCAUCUCUGACGCAAUUACGCUCCAACAACAGGCUGCUGCUGCCCGCCUGACUGGCCGUGUCCUCACCCGUCCUGUGCUGGAGUCACAAGAAGAGAUUGUGACGGCAAUAGGCGGCAUAAAUGAUCAUCUUGAUCAAUGAAUAGCUGUCCUCACAAAUAUCAGUGCUUCAUUAAAUACACUGGUUAACAAGUGAAUUCCGAGUCCUUGCCUCUUUUACAUUGUUGAACUCAAAUGUUGUCGGGCAUGAAUUGUUCAUCAGUGCUAAUUGUUCAUUUCUCUGAUAUGCAGAUUUAAAAUAACAGUUUCCCAGCAUCCUCUGUCGCCAAAGGACCAACAGCUGUAGAAACGUGCGUAUGCCAGCCAUAAAGUUGGCGUGGGGCACCGCACGUUUCCACGGUCAUUUCACUUUUGAGACGUGUGAACUUUGCCGCAAAAAAGGACGCACGCCACAUUUUUGUGCGUGCGCACCUAUUGUACAUGAGGCCCCAGGACUGAAAUGUCUGCGGGUUUUCCUCGGAGAGAAAUCAUUUAUGUAAAUUUGCAAAAAUAAUUGGGGUAGGGGAGACGGGGGCUUAACGUAGUACUAUGUCGACAUUGACUGUCUGUAAUCGUGACCAUCAUAUUUACAGCAUUGAAGAUUGUAUUACGGCAGGCAUUUUAUCUUUGCAAUCUUUCUACACAUUUAAAUUCAUUGUAUGCUAUCACGUUUUUACAUUAAGUUUGGGGCAUGUCGGUGUCACGGAGCGACAUAGUACAGAAGCUUGAUACUAAUAACGGGAUCCGUUGGAUUGGCGCUGGCUGGAAUUAAAAGUUGGAAAUGAAUACCUUCACGAAAAUAUUAGAAAGAUUAAAGAACCUAGGAAGGCAUACUGCAUCUUGUCAUCAGGAUGUGAAGUAUGGAUCUGGAGGGAGAACUGAAAGAAGCCCGCACAGCUGGUUAAAACGAAGAAGUCAUAAUUAUAGAUUACCAAGUAUUUUGUUAAUACAUUUCUAUGAAUUUGCUACGUACUUACUAACGUAGUUAAAGUUAGUUAACUUGUUAUAGUGGUCAUUUAUGUAAUACAUUUUUAUAUACAUUUAUAUAAUAUAUGAGUGAGGCGCCCCCCUCGCCCUCAUAAAUGCUUGGUGGGCCGGCUUUGUUUAACCACUUAAUAUGUGUGUUAACGGGUAACAGUAGCUCAUAUGAGUGUGUCGUGACGAGCAGCUGCUUGUGGCUUGUGGGCAGCAAACCUGCUCACAGCCCUCUACACGGGCCCGAUUCAUCUUCACUGCACGCUGGACAGUGAUGUGAGUCGUGACGACUCACAUCACUGCUCUUUGUCACAAAGUCUCGGAGCCGGACCUCUUCCUCUAUCCCUUCCACUACUCACCUUACUACAAGUGCCAACUGCAUGUUGGAGGAGGGGAGUUGUUGGUCCCUUACGGCACUGAUGCAGGUCCUGAAGCAUCCUCCUGGGGCCAACGCCCAUGAGAUGUACCCAGCCCAAAAUGAAAUACCCCCAGGACCAAUCACCGUUUCCCCUACAAUUUACCACAUUCGUCCCCAUCCCAAACUCAGAAUCUACUCUUUAGUAGGUUCUGCUCAGCCGCUUGGUUCCACUCCAAGGUGGCCUCAGGGACAAAGAACGGACUUUUUAUGUGACCUCUGGGCAAGGGUUUAUGCAAGGGGAUAGCAGUGUAGCAACCCUGCAGUUAUAUUUUAAGAGUUCUAUAGGUUCUGACUGUCUUUGAUGCCUUGAAAGUGAUUUGUGAUUGGAUGAAAGGGGCAAGGGUAUAAAGAAGUUCGAGGUAACAUGGUAACUGCUGACAGUCACCCGUCUGGUUUUCCAAUAAACACUUGUUGAUUGACCAUUUCUUGUCAUCUUUGCGGCAUCUGGGACGAUGCUGUAUUAUGUCAUAUGUAAUAUGCUGACUAAUUAGUCUAGGCACAUUUGUUACAUCCGAUUUUGAAGGCUGUUUAAGAAUAUUGGUUACGUCGGAACUUGUCAUGGUCCACCAAAUUUUGUCUUCCACACUUUUUUUUUGUCUGCAUGCUACUACCCAGUCAAACAAAAUAGAUUGAAGAAUUUGGGGGUGCUUCGCACGGAGUGGACCGAGGCUGGAGUCGGUGCAUCAAGAGCCGCCACCAUCACGACCAGACGAAUACUAGACAUGGGCUACAAAUGUCACCUUCCUCGUGUCAAGCCACGCCUCAACCAGAGAUUACAUCAGAUGUGUCGUACACGGGCUAAGGAGAAAAAGAACUGGACUGUUGAACAUUGGUCCAAAAUCCUCUUUUCAGAUGAAAGUCAAUUUUGCACUUAAUUUGGUCAUCAAGGUUCCCGAGUCUAGAGGAAGGGUGGAGAGGCACAAAGAAGUCCACAGUCAAUGUAGCCAUCUACUCGGAAAUUUUUCAGCAAUUUAUGCUUUCCUCUGCUGACACGCUGUACGGAGAUGCUGAUUGUAUUUUCCAGCAGGACUUGGCACCUGCCCACACUGCCAAAGGUACCAAAAGCCGAUUCAAUGAUUAUGGUAUUAUUGUGCUUGAUUGGCCUGCAAACUCCCCUGACCUGAACCACAUUGAAAAACUAUGGGCUGUUGUCAAGAGACAGAUGACAGACACCAGACCCAACAAUGCAGAUGACAUGAAAGCAGCUGUCAAAGCAACCUGGGCUUCCAUUACACCUACACAGUGCCACAGGCUGACUGCCUCCAUGCCAUCAACAAAAACAAACCAAACGGUGGCUGGUUAAUUUUAUAAUUAUUUUUAUAUGACUAACAUUUACUAAGUGAAACCAGUUUUUUGGGGGGGAAAAAAAGUAUAGUAUCAGUAGGUCUACUUAAAAGGCUCAAACAUGUUAUCGUACUCAUAAAAACUGAGUUACUAUGACAAAAGUUCAUUUUUGAGUUAGUUUAAAAAAAAUUGCUUUUUAACAGGUUUAUGUUGAUUUGUUUAUUAUUAGGUACUGAGGUUUUAUACUGUAUGUUUACCCUUGAUUUGUCUCAAGAGCUGUCCAAUUCCUUUACAACUUUACUACCUCUAGAACUAAUGACAUACAUUUUAAAGGACAGACUUUUGAAAACUUGUGGAAGAAAUUAAUGCAAAUAUUGUUUGGGGGGUGUGUCUCUUCACACUGUCAUUAUGGGUAACUGCCCCUCCUCUGAAAUCCUCUUUUUCGGCAGAGGUCGGCCUAAGUCAUAUGUGCAAGUCAUGAGUCUCAAGUUGUAACCUUCGUUUCAAGCAAGUCCCAUUUACAGUGGGGAAAAAAGUUAAGCAAGUCAAGUUGACCCCAAAUUUCAAGCAGGUCAAGUCAUUUGUUGGCUUUCAAUCUUGCUCAGUCACAACAUAGUCUUACUGUACUGGAGUGAUAAAAUGUUUUUCACUGAUCAUAAAAGUAUUUACUUACAAAACUUAAAAUCAACGGCUUAAAGUGACUGCUUUUCCCCGUCAGGGUUCGCAAGUCACUCCCAUGAUUUCAUUGUUUUGCUAGUUGUUACGCUGAAUGCUCUUCCUUAACUUAUAUUAAUCAAAUUGACGUUUACCAACACACUUAUACUGUAUUGAAAUACCAAUUUAGUUCUUGACAGAGGAGUCUAUACAUUUUAAAGAGCUCUGGGUCAGCAGCUACGCUUAUCCUAGCCUCAGCAGAGACAGCGCAGACUGAACAAAGCUAUCUGUUCUUGCCCCCGACUUAUACAAUGUUUGAAAGAGGAACUAUGGAAUCGCUGUCGUCUGAUUGGUCCAUGGUCCCAUCUGACAUCAUCAUUGCUCUGCAGAAUGAUGGCCAUUUGCCGCUGGCUUCAGACGCCGUCUCCACAGUCUUGCAUCUCAUGUUUACAGUGACUCCCCGCAGCCAUUGUCUUCUCCGACAUCUGUUCUUUGUGGCCUCCACAUGCACCCUGCUGGGAGCCUUCUUGCAACACACUCCCACACCACACAAUUUCCAUUAUAUGUGAUACUGCAAUAAACACCCUUGUUUACCCCCAGACGUGUGACACCCUAAAACCCUAUAUCAUCUUCAAUCCCCUAAUGAUCUCUGAUAAUCAGAGAUCAACAUCCUCUAAACAUGCAGCCUAGUUUGCUAUAAUACUCAAUAAAGCCUAAACUAAAUAAAGCAAAUAUCCCAAAAACUUAAGAAGAGGAUACAAAGGCGUCGUUCAACGGAGCGAGCGCGCUCAUGGUCUCCACGUCCUCUUUCAGCAGCAGCUGCAGAUAUUGGCUGUGGUGGUCCUUCCCUUCAAAGGCCUUGAGAACAAUCCUGAGGACAAGACUCCUGAGAAAAUGAAAUAUACACCCCCCACACCAGUCACGCUCCCAGGUGAAAUCCGCCAUAUGGUUGAUUUCUUGCUGAGAGAGAGGCUUGAUCACUGUGGGGGUUAUCAUAGAAACCAAUGCACAAGUGCCUGUCCAUCCACUGGGUAGCAAGUCCCACAACAGACCAUCACCACACAUCCACCACAAAUCAGACCUCAUCUUACGCAAUCGGGCCGCAUCAUAAUAGUCAAUAAAGAGUGUGAAUUUACAAAACUGUGGAUCCGGGUAGCUAAUUGAUCGGGAACGUUUUUUAUUGGCGCCUAAAGUUAUCUUACUCUUAUUUUGGAAGAUGCAAGGUAGGGACGGGACCAUUUCGACACCAUAGAGGGGAGCGCCUUUUACCUUAGUUAGAGGAUACACGCGGUCCCAGCGCUGGUACUCACCCUUCAUUAGUCAUCAGCUGGUAGGCACAGGUCGACUCGAAUUUAGUAGCAUAGUAGCAGCAGUAAAAUUAAACUGCUUCCAGCGUCCUUUCCCCCAGCGUGUAGUUCAACUCUAGGGCCCCUGUUGGCUUCACUGCCCUCUUUUCCACUUUUUCUUUUUGUUAUGAAGGCAUUCCUGUAACUAUAAUCAGGGAGAUCACCAGAGUCAUGAUUAUGACCUUCUUCGGACAGACAUACAGGAUGUAUAUAUUUCCCCCCAUGUCAAAUGACCAAUUUAACACCAAAACACAAUAGCCAUAUACAACCCCAUCCACAAUCAAGCAGGUCGUCUUCCCCGUCGCAGAGGCCCAGUUGACAAGACCUGCACACAAACCCUUAUAUAAAUUAAUAACAACUCUGCAAAAGAUACUACUGCCAAAGGGGUGGACUACAUAAUUCCUGUAUAUGUACUCCAGAGAAGGGACAAGUCGGCAAUUGUCACCCAACAUUGAUAUUAUUCCCCAACCAAUUGUUAACUUGUUUCACAAAAGUGUUAAUGUCAAUAGACCAAGAAUCACAUAAAAAUCAGCGUUAAGUCAGCACACCAACAACCUGCAAUACAACAACACUAUCAAGCUGCAUCCUCCUGGGCGUCUUGUAAAAUAAUGUUAUUUCAACAAAUCAGUCAUUCAACAGUCUGUGUAGACCGUAUUCUCUUGUCAGUCACACUGUCCUUGGUAACUAAAGGUCUAUAGUCUCUUGCACGUGAUCACAUCCUUCAUUACUUCUGUUAGCCGGCUUCAUUAGUGCUCCAUUUCUGCUUUUAAUUAAGACGACACAAACAUUAAACACAAAACAUAAACAUAAACACAGCACACUUAUUGGUUGAACUAUAACACCUAACCAUCCCAUUUUGAAGCAUUAUUCGAGAGUUAUGAAACGUGUACAGCCACCUGAGGCUUCUUUAACGCAAUUAAUAUCCAACUUCCCUCGUUCCUGUUUGGGCAAACAGUCAACCCAACUCCUGCAACCAAGCAGCUUGUAUUUGAAGGUUGAUAGGUUUGAAAUAAAUGUUACGAUCACUACACUAGGGCUUCCUCCUCAGUAAAGCAAUAUUUCUACUCGAGUGACGAUUCAAAAAUAGCUCAGGCUAAUAAUAAUUCAUUUUUAUCACUGUCCAGGUGUAAAAGAAGUGGCUUGGCUAGAUGUUGCUCAACCAACCACACGCUACUGUGCAUAAUUCUCCCCAGGUACCUUUCCAAGUCUACAGGUGUCCUUCAUUGCUUUCGCUAAUAUACCGUAACUAACUGUUUGCCUAAGUCCCCUAAUUCCCAAUAUUACAUCUGGCAAAUUAUCAAAUCAUGUCACCCUCAACUACUACAGCCUAGGCUUCUAUCCAUUGCAGUAAUUAAACGAUCCUAUUGUAAAUCUCUCCCUGGCCUUUGCAAUACCAUAAACUCGUAAAACUCACACACGCGCCCCGUCAUAAAGCUGGCCCCCCCAGCUGGGACGCCUUUGUCCUGUCAGAAACAAUUUGGUGCCAGUUCCCUGCGAUUUUAGAGCUCUGGGUCACAGAAGGACAUCCCAGAUUAUUCUGUCUGCUAUUUCCUCAAGAAGCCUUAAUUUGUAUUUAUUACCCUGUUGCUCAAAAAGUAGCUCUCCGCUUGUCCACAAAUUGUUAUAAUCAACCUGACUUAGGGGACAGAAUGCAAAUAAAUAAUCCUCCUCAAAAUGUACUUGCCAGACAAAUGGAAAAAUCCUCUUUGUCCUCCCUGCUCUAAUGCUGAAUCUGGGGAGACAAUCAAACAGAUUAAUCAUCAUACCAUAUUAGCCAUUCUCAAAAACAUGUACUCCACAUAAUUUCCCUUGUACAUGAUGCAAAUUAGGCACAGUCUCAUGGCGUAUGUAGCAACUCACUUGACACCUCUGGCACAUCUGCCCACUUCUGUGAAUGGAAAGGAUUGCAUUCGCUAUGCUGUAUUAAUAGUCACUAUACUGUAUCAACUCAAUAUUGUAAGGAUGUCUUUAGUUGACUGGUGUCCCUUGCGUAAUUUUCUACAUCCGGUUUGCCACAAACAGGAACUUUUAUGUAUAUCUACUUACAAAAAUUACAGACUCUCUGUAUAUUCCCAAUAACAGUCUUCCAGCCACUUACUUGUGUGCCACUCCGUAAAAAACUAAAAAUGGCUCCCUCUGACACACAAGUUAACACAUCUUUCAUGACUUUGCAACCUAUGUCAAGGCUCCUCUUCUAGGCACAAACAAGACUAAAGCCAUUGUAUGCGCUAAAGUGCUUCUCACGAUCCUCUAUCCCUUCAAGUGCCCUCUCAGCAUCCAUCCAUCUUCUUCUCCUCACGAAGGUCGCAGGCGUGCUGGAGCCUAUCCCAGCUAUCAUCGGGCAGGAGGCGGGGUACACCCUGAACUGGUUGCCAGCCAAUCACAGGGUACAUAUAAACAAACAACCAUUUGCACAUUCACACUUACGGGCUAUUUAGAGUUGUCAAUUUACCUACCAUGCAUGUUUUUGGGAUAUGGGAGGAAACCGGAGUGCCCGGAAAAAACCCACGCAGGUACAGGGAGAACAUGCAAACUCCAUUGCAUGGCAUACAUCUGCAGCAACAUCACCAAAGCUGAACAUGGGAUCAGCCAAUACCUGAAAUCCGUUAUUGAAAACUCCCACAAUGAAAACGUCAUCGAAAGUGAUGAAAUGGAACAAAUCAUGCAAGCGUACUCAAAAAAAAAGAGAAGCAAGCGCUCAAGAAUGCGUCGCGAGGGCUGACAUUUAUACAGAAAUGUAUAAAUUAAAUGUUUUUUCUUCCCUCUCUCUCUCUCGCUCUUUCUCUCUCUCUCUCUCUCUCUCUCUCUCUCUCUCUCUCUCUCUCUCUCUCUGCAGAGCACAAUCCAUCACCCAGGUGUGAGAAGACGACCUCUUGCUGACCCCUCAAUCCAACUCUUGUCGCUGCUCUAUCUUUUGUCUCUGCCUUCCUUCUAUCUUUCACCUCUCAAGAUGUAUAUAAAAAAAAAAAAGGGGGUGGGGGGGGCAAGAGAUGUCAGGCUCGCAAAGUUGAACUGGGAGAAGCGUGCUCAAAACCACUCCCGGGCACCUGUUGCAUCCUCUGGUGAUUUCUAUGCCACUGCCGCGCACUUCGGUGCGCGCAAUUUGCCCGCCGCAGUUGCAAGCAACGAUUUCCGUGCCUUUGCGCCAUUUGAAAGCAAGGAUUUCCGUGGCGCGGCUGCCGCACGCCUCGAGAACUGCGCCAGUGUCGGGGUCCCGAUUUCCUCGCCCCGUCUUCGGAGAGCCGCACCUGUCGGAGACCCGAUGACUGACGAGCCUGUCGAGGGAAAAGCUCUGCUGCGACACGAUCGGGUGACGAAGUUGCAUCACUCGACCGGCGCUGAUCGAGAUCUCGUUCGUGUACUUUGGCUGUUUUGAAGGCCCGAGGACGAUGCACGGACAGUCGUUUGGCAACGGAUGAAAUUCCGGCGAUUGUUCGUGGUUUGGGAAAAAAAAAAAACCAGACGUGUAAAUAAACGUGUCAAUCGACGUA